CUUCGUAAGCAACUGAUAAGUAAUUGAUAAUAAACGUUUGCCCACAUAGAGGGAGUUCUACAUUUUCAAAUUUCUAUUUUUAUUUAUUAUGUUCAAAAAAUCUGAAUUGUCACAAUAAAAUAAAGUAUACUCUAAUCGACAUUCACGUCUCUAUUAAUUUUCUGUCUCAUGUAUUAUUCGUUUCGCGUAAUUCAUUGUACGCUUAUUAUAAAUUAAUUUAUUAUAAAUAGUAUAUUUUAUUUGUGUACAUGAAUUAAGUUAUGGAUAUAAAAUAUAAUGGAUUCUGAUAAAAACAAUGAAAAUAAUAAAAUUAAUGUUUCGGUUGAAACGAAAACUACUUCUCAAAAAAGAGAUGAAGAUAAUACGUAUGAUACGAAUGAUACAAAUCUAAUGAUUGAUAAUAUCGCAACAGAUGAAAGAAAACCGAAGAAAAAGAUAACUAUAACUAUAGACGAAGAUGAUCCAUGUCUUAAACAGGAAGACAAAAAAAGACAUGUACGAUUUGUAUUUCCUGGUGAAGAUCCAAGAUUUCAACAACAAAAUCAAACAUUACGCUGUUGGGUAAUGUACCAUGAUUUCUAUCGUUGCGAGCGUACUUUAGGAGAGGGAUCAGACGUAUGCACUUGGUUUAAACAAGUCUUUACAUCUAUAUGUCCAAGGGAAUGGAUUAGUCGAUGGGAUGAACUUAGGGUUAAGGACAAAUUAAUCUAACACAAAUAUAAAAAUCAAGGGAAAUUUCCUAGUAACAAAUAUAGAGUUUAGGAAGAUUGUAUAUUGUUUUCUAUGGCUA